CGGCUUUUUGUUUGGCUAGGCCGCAGCGGAGCCCGCGCGCGGGAAGGCGUUUGCUAACUUUGUUACGGUCUAACAGUUCACUUUUCCAGAUAACGCUCCCCGUGGCGCCUUUAAGUGUCACUCGGGCUUCCACGCUUCAGCUCAGCGGGGCUGAGUUAGUGUCGUUACGUCCAUGAAGUGUCACUUUCGUGCUAUCGGGCUGACUGUGCUAUCUGAGCUAAAGCUAGCUAAGCUAGCUUCGAGGAACUCUGUGUCUCGUUGACGCGGAGGGUCUCUGCUGGUUACACACGUUACCAAGUGCGUGUGGGGGGGUGGGUGAUCUUUUUGCCCUGUGUGAGGGCCACUGCUUUAUGAUGACAUGUUAUAUGAUGUGAAUUGUUAUAUCCCGGAAAUGGACGGGUUUGCAUCCUGUCUCAGGAGAUGACACCGGGUUUUGACUUAGAAUGCCGCAGUCCUGGUUUUAACACGGAGGUAAUCUGAGGCCGCAGUAUUGCAGUCAGGCCGAAGGACGAUCCGUGCGACAAAGGUUGGCGAGUCAAAACAAGGUCCGGGAAUGAAGGCGGUUGACUCCAAGAACAAAUGUUCUCCACGCCGGCUCCACUCGAAGCAACAACGUCCGUCCCUUCCCCUCUCCGCACUGCGCCUCCUCGUCCCGCCCAUCCGGCUGGUCUCCGCGGCCAUCUGGCAGACGGUGGAGCAGAAGAUCGUGUCGGACUAUGGGCUGCUGGAGGAGUUUGUGUACAUGGUCACAGAGAUGGUACCUCAACUCCUCUCCACGAGGCAGCGAGCCGAACUCAUUUUGGGUCUACGGGCGCGGCUGAUCCUGGAGCUGUGUCGCUCCGAGGAGACUGCUGAGCCCCACAUCAUCCAGCCACAUCUGGACCGAAUGCAGAACCUCAAGUCUCUGUGGAAUGUGGAGACCGAUAAUGCAGAACAAGACGUUUCAGACUCCCAAUUCAUGGGCCUUGUCCAAAGUCUGCUGAGAGAUCCUGAGGAGAGAAGAAACUUCUUCCAGGAUGUUUUCCCUGGAGACUUUGGCCCCACAUACGACAAAGCAAUCCAGACACUGAUGUGGCUGUUUCUGUCCAGACUGGAGAAGCUUCUUCCCACCCAAACUCUCCAACAGAUUGCCUCUCUGCUCAGCGACGCCUCAUCGGUUCUCAGCGACUGCAUGAAGACGUUUGCUCGACCUCAGGAGCUCAAAGCCCUGCUGGACACUCAGAAGGACCUCGGCCAAUUGGAAGACAUUGAAUCGUACAUUGUGGACAGCGGCAUCUUGUCGGCCCUGUGCCUCCCCCCCGUAGAACGAGUCCUGAUCGUCAGCGACCAGGCGGAGAGCGGCCUCAUGUACACGGUGUGCACAGAGAUGGAGGUGGAGUCCGAGAACAAGGGGGCGUACCCGGAGGGAGCCGAGCACUCCGGAGAGGGUGCGCAAGCCAAGUGGCGCGGGGUGAAGGCGGAAACCGACGCGGUGGUGGUCACGGACCCCGCGGAGGGCGUCGAGGGCGACGCGGCAGACGACCACAACUACGACCAGUCCGGCACGCUGAUGAUCGGCGAGGACGGCCAGGUGACGGUGCUCGACGGCGCCGAGAAGAAGCCGAACAAACGCGGCAGGAAGAAGAAGCGGCCCGACGAUGAGGACUACGAGGUGCAGGGCAAGCAGGAGGACCCGGACUUCGACGUGGCGUGGGAGAGGCCCGUGCGAAAGAACCGCGGGCUCAAGAUGAAGCGGUACCUGUCGCAGUGGAGGCGGUCGGGAAAGACGCAGGGCGCCGACGGCAGCCCCGAAAAGUGUGCCGACUCCCCGGCCAAAAGCAACGACCUGGACGAGAGGACGUGCAAGGUGUGCGGCGCGGUGGUGAGCCGCGCCAAGUUCCUGGAGCGCCACAUGAUCCGCCACUCGGGGGAGCUGCCGUACUCGUGUCCCGCGUGCAAGAGGUUUUACAAGAGCCUGCGUUGCUUGCAGCAGCACAGGUGCCCCAAUCAGGCGAAGGCGAAGCCCGGCAGGAAGGCGAAGGAGCAAGAGGCUGCGGCGGACGAGGGCGAACAGUCGUCCGGCGAGGCCGCCGCUGGGGGGCGGCGGCCCGACGCAGACGGAGACCCCGACGGCGAGGCCUCUUUAGAGGGCUCCUCCAAGGAGUCGGGACAGAAGAGCCCCGAGGAGAAGAGCCUGCUGGAGGGCCCGUUCUACUGUCCCCACUGCAGCGUCGAGUUCAAGUGCAAACAGACUUUCCGCUUCCACCUGCGGAACAUCUGCUACAACGAGCAGCAGGUGGACCCGGAGCAGCCGGAGGACGUGAAGCACUGCUUCCGCUGCGACGAGUGCGACAAGGCGUUCAAGUACAAGUCGACGCUGGAGUCCCACAAGCAGACGCACAACCCGCUGUACUGCGAGGUGUGCACGAAGCUGGUGCGCGACCCCGAGGCGCUCGCCAUGCACAAGGAGUCGCACACGCCGUUCCAGUGCAACCGCUGCGAGGAGAACUUCCCCGUGUUCAAGGCCCUGCACAAGCACUACAUCGACGUGCACGACCCCGUGGAGCCGUUCACCUGCACGCACUGCCUGACCACGUUCGCCAGCCUGAAGCGCUUCAUCCGGCACGAGUGGAAGCACACGGGCUACCAGCCCUUCCAGUGCCCCCACUGCAGCAAGCGCUUCCGCUCGUACUCGGACCUCGUGGAGCACCAGAAGAAGCACACCAAGGCGUACCCGUUCCUCUGCUGGGAGUGCGGCAAGAAGUUCCGUCACGGCGUCACGCUGACGCGGCACGUGGAGCGCGUGCACCACUCGGGCGAGCCGGUGUCGGAGAAGCCCGUGCCGACGUUCACGUGCGCGCAGUGCGGCAAGACCUUCACGUCCCGGAGGUGCCUGCUGAAGCACGACAACUUCCACCACAAGGGGCUGCGCUUCCCGUGCGAGUUCUGCGGGAAGGGCUUCUUCGGCAAGGACGCGCUGGUGCGCCACACGCUCAUCCACACGGGCGAGCGGCCCUUCAAGUGCGACGACUGCGACAAGUCCUUCCGCUCCGCCGCCGAGCUGAAGAUCCACCGCCGGUACCACACGGGGGAGCGGCCCUUCAAGUGCAACGUCUGCCAGAAGGGCUUCGUCCAGUCGUGCUUCCUCACCUUGCACAUGCGCACGCACACCGGGGAGAGACCGUACGUGUGCACGGUGUGCAGCAAAGGCUUCUCCAGCCUGCACGGCCUGAAGCGACACAGGAGACUCGUUCACGCGUAGUAGGCGCAGGGGGCGUCGGCCUGCAGACGCCCCCCCCCCCCCGCCCCGAGGUGGCGGGUUGAAGGCCAGGCGUUCCAGUAGAGCGCCGCCGUCCUCCACACGUCGCUGUCGCAGCGUGUGUUGUUGGGAACUGUGUAAUUGUAUAGUGCAUUAUGAAGAAUAUAAUGUAACUUUGUAUUUUUUACAGAAAUGUUUGCUGUAGUUCUACAUAAUAUUUGUAUGUAUAAACAAUAUAACCCUUCAUUCCUUUGGGAAUUGACUUCUUUUCUUGAAUAAAUUGAACAUUUGAUUCCAUUAGGCAUUCAA